AUGUAAUAGAAUUAGCAAAAUAACAAGAAUAUAAUCAUUAAUGCACCUAAUUCUAACUUUCCAAAUAGAAAAUUUGAAACAUUAGAAUAGCUUGGAAAUGGAGCUUAAGGAUAGAUCUAUUUAGCCAAAGCAAUUAAUUGGGGAACUAAUGAUUAAAAAUAAUAUGCUUUAAAAUGCUAAUAAAAUACUUAAGAUAAUGAAAUUAAAUUUAUUGAUAUGCUUAUAAAUUAUCAGAAUCAAUAUGAAAAUUAAAUUAAUAUAGGUGAGUAAAAUUAUUAGCCAUCUGGUUUAAUAAGAAUUUAUGAAAGAUUUAAAUGGACACAAUCUAAUUGUACUUAAGAUGUUCUGAUCAUGGAAAAAGGAGAAUAAAAUUUAAAUCAAUUUCUCGAAGAAAAGAGUUAAUUAAAACUUAAGUAGAAACAUGAAAUUUUAAUUUAAGUAUUAUUAAAUACUAAAUAUAUAUUAGAUAUCAUAAUCUAUAUAAUUUAUACAUAAAUAAUAAGUAAUACAUAGAGAUAUUAAAUCUGAUAAUUUUAUUAAAAUAGGUAAUCAAUUUAAACUUAUUGAUUUUGGUUCAAUAGGAAGAUAAAAUGAAUAAAUACAAUAAACAAAUAAAUAAAUACAAAUACAAGUUGGAACAACUUAAUAUUAAGCACCUGAAAUCUUAGAAAAUAUAUAAAAUUAUACUUGUGCUGUUGAUAUUUGGUCACUGGGAUGUGUGUUUUAUGAAAUUUUUUAAAAUUAAUGUUUAUUUCUAGGUUAUUAUAAUUAUAUUAUAUUUUAGGGAAAAAUUAAAAAAAAAUAUAAUAAUAAAUUUUAGAUUGUAAAUCAAAUGCACAUUAUUUAACAGAUAAAAUCAAUUAAUUAAAAAUUAAUGAUCAAAUGAAAAAAUUAAUAAAAUAGAUGCUCAAUCCAAAUUCUUAACUGAGAAUCUAAAUUAAUGAUUUAGUUCAGGCUUUGAAGAAUAUGGAACAAGAUUAGCAAAAAUUACCUUCAAGCAGAUCCUCAACUUAAACAGGUAUUAAUAAUUAAAAUUAUUUGGAAUAAUCAUAAUAAUCUGAUUUAUAAUCAUGUGCAAGUUUUAGAUUCAUUAUUUGUUAGCCAGAAAGUUAAAAAACAAAAUAAUAACAGUUUCAGAAUAAAUUGUAAACAUAAGAUUUUUAAUAGAAAGAAAAAUCAGAUAUUAAAAAAGACAAUUUAAAAUAAUCAUAAACAAAAAAAAUUAUUGAAGAUAAAUACUCGCAAAUAAUUUAAUAAUUUUAAGAAAGGUAAGAAGCAUAUUAAAAAUAGAUUGACUCUUAAAACAAAUAAAUAAUCGAAAUUUAGUUGUAAUUGCAAGAGAAAAGUAAAAGAUUAGAAUCAUUUAGUGUAUAAUAAUCAUAACAAUAAUUAUAAUAAUAAUUAUUAGAAUAAAAUUAAUUAUAAUUAUAAUAAUAAUUAGAUCAGUAAUAAUAAAUCUAAGACAGAAAUAUUCAAAAAAUUUUUGAAUAAAUUGAUUCUUAAUAUAAAAAAUAAUAAGAAUAAUAUUCACAAUUAUAAAUCUAAAAUAAAAAUGAGUUCUAAGAGAAAGUUCAAAAAAUAGAAUCAUCAUAAUAAUAAUAACAAUUAUAAUAAUAAUUAUUAGAAUAAAAUUAAUUAUAAUUAUAAUAAUAAUUAUAAUAGUCAUAAUAGAUCUAAGAAGUAAAUAUGUAAAAAGGAUUACAAUAAUUUAAUUCUUCAUGUUAAUAAUUAUAAGAAUAAUUUUUUCAAUAAUAAAUCUAAACAUAAAAUGAAUUAUUAGGGAAAAUUUAAAUAAUAAAUUCUUCAAUGUAAUAAAAAUAUGAUGAGAUAUUAACUUAAAUAAAAAUAGUUGAGAAUAAAGCCAUUUAAAAUAAUGAUUAAAUAGAAUCAUUCUAACUUUAACUAGAAAAAUAAGCAUUUAAUAAUAAAGAACAAUUACAAAUGGACCAAAAUGAAAUUGUAAAUUAAGAAUCAAAUUCAACUUAUCCAAAUAAAUUAGAAAAUAUUUCCAAAACUUAUAAUGAAUAAUAUUAAAAUUUAAACGAAGAACAAAAAGAUCAUGCAAUAAUUGAAAAGUAUAAACAAGAGAAAGAAUUUAUAUUCAAAUUAUUUUAACUUUAUUCAUAAAAUAUAGCUUAAGAAUUACAAACUUAAAUAGGAAAGUUAAAUAAUCAAAAUAAGUAUGAAAAUAAAUAAUUCUAGAAUGAACAUUAAUAAUUAGAUUAAUUGAAUAAUAAACAAUAGAAGGUCAAUCAAAAAGCUGAAAACAUAUUAAAUAAUCAAGAAAAUGAAUAAUCAUAAUAUUAUUAAUUAAAAUAGUAAAAUAGGAAUUAAACUUGUUAAAAUCAAACUAAUAAUUAAUUCUAAAAUUAAGAAUAAUAAUUAAUUUAGCCAGAUCAAUUUUAAUCUUAAGAUUAUUAAUAAACUUAUGAUUCACAGGACCAACUAUCAAAAUUUUUUUCAUAAUCAAAUGUGAUAUCUAGAAAUUUUAAUAGAUUAGAUGAAUAAACAAUAAAUGAAUAUUAGAGUCUUUUUUAAAAUUUAACAAAUGAAUUAUUCAAUUAAGUUGAAACUUUAGGAAAAUAGAUUAUAGAUUUAAAAAAAUAAAAUUAAUAAUAAGCUUAUUUAAACAAGGAGAUUUAAAAUUUAAAGUAAUAAAAAUAAGAAUAAAUUCAUGAAGAUUAAAAAAAGAAAAAAUAAAUAGAGGAGUUAUAAAACAAGUUGAAAGAAUAAAAUAAGAUUUAUAAUGCAUCUUGA